ACGGACUUCGCGGGCCUGUGUUUACAUUUAUUUUCAGUAUUUGAGUUUUCCAUAUAUAUUAUAAUUCUCUUUGGUAUUUGAGGUUACUAUGACUGAGAAAUAUAAAGAAAAUGACGUUAUUAUUCGCGAAGCGCGUAAGGAAGAUAUGAAGGCAGUCGCCAAUAUGAUACAGGAGCUUGCCGAUUUUGAGAAGAUGCCUGAUGGGCCAAAGUUGUCUAUUAAAGAUUUGGAGCAUGAUGGUUUUGUACAGCAACCACCAGCCUUUAGAUGCAAAGUGGCAGAAGUACAGAGUGACAGUAAUGCCGUGGUGGGAUAUGCUAUAUACUUCCCGACUUACUCCACUUGGGAGGGGCCAGCUAUGAUGCUUGAAGAUUUAUGCGUACGCGCAGAUCAGCGACGGCGCGGUGUUGGCAGCAAGCUGUUUCAUGCCGUGGCAAAGGAAGCAUGGUCGUCAGGUUGUCGGCGAUUGGACUUCCAUGUCUUGGAGUGGAAUCCCGCGCGUGCGUUCUACGAGAGCGCCGGCGCAGAUAACCUUACGGCUUCUGAACAGUGGUGCUACUACCGACUAGCAGGGGAUCGUCUACAGACGUUCGCGCGACAAUGAACUAUGUAAAUAAUAUACCUAUAGUUCAAAUCAGGUUAGCUUAAAUUUGCCACAAGCAAAAAUUUUGUUAAAUAUUAGGUGAAGAUUUGUUAAAGAUACAGGUUGUAGAAUAUUUCUUUGUUAUUAGAAAUGAUAAAAAUCUGUGAUUUUAACAGGUAACUAUGCUGUAGAUAUAGGUCUACAGCAUAGUUACCAAUUCUGAUAAAACAGUACAAUUACUAUUGUGUAGUUUAUACCACUAUUUGAAGAAAGCCUUUGUUAAGUAACAGCUUUUUUGUGUUCCAUAAGAUGCAUAGUCCUGAUGCCAUAGAAAAUCGUACAAUUAUCUAUACAAUACUCAAACACAACAAAUUUUGGUCAUAUCAGUCUCAGAAAAAUUAGCCUUAGUUUCAUAUGCGUGUUAGCCAGUAAAGUUGUCACAAAAUAAAACACUCACAUGUGCUUUGCUUAUGUAUUUAGAAUCUGUUACACUUUUGUACAUAGCUUUAAUAUAGUUGGCGAUACGUUUUCCUUAUUAAAUGUUAUAUUUACAAAUAGAUUCUAACCGCCUAAUAAACAUUGUGGCUGUAAUAGUUAUUUAUUGUCUUGCUUUGUUGUAUAACAUUUACUGUAAGAGGAAGCGAGACAAAUUGUAUAACUAUGCCAUACAUGUACAGUGUUUAUUAGUAAGGUUUAUAGUAUUUAUCAGAACUUGCCAAUGUAAAUAAACAUUCUACUAAUUAUCCUUUUUUUUCAAGAUUUUAAUUUCUUGAAUAAUUUAUAGGUGGGAAAACACAUUAUUUGUGACUUUAAAAUUAUGUGAACCAAAUGCUAUAAGCAGAUAAGUUUAUUUACAUUCCAAGUUCAAUUGAAAAACGGCGAAGUUCAGUCAUAAAAGAGAGCAUGUUGAUAAGGAAUAUGGUAUCGUGUACAUUACCAAUGAAGAAAUGUGAUUUUGUGCAGGGUUUAAUAUAUUCAAUAGUUCUAGA